AUGCUAUAUUUUUGUCGAAUAAUACCUGAGAAUACUGGUUAUAAAUAUAAAACUGAAUAUAUUUCAGUGCAAAUUAUCUCCAGAGAGAGACACGCACCUAGGCCCAGGACCACAAGCCCAGGACCACAAGCCCAGGACCACAAGCCCAGGACCACAGGCCCAGGACCACAAGCCCAGGACCACAAGCCCAGGACCACAGGCCCAGGACCACAAGCCCAGGACCACAGGCCCAGGACCACAAGCCCAGGACCACAGGCCCAGGACCACAAGCCCAGGACCACAAGCCCAGGACCACAGGCCCAGGACCACAAGCCCAGGACCACAAGCCCAGGACCACAGGCCCAGGACCACAAGCCCAGGACCACAGGCCCAGGACCACAGGCCCAGGACCACAAGCCCAGGACCACAAGCCCAGGACCACAAGCCCAGGACCACAAGCCCAGGACCACAGGCCCAGGACCACAGGCCCAGGACCACAAGCCCAGGACCACAGGCCCAGGACCACAAGCCCAGGACCACAGGCCCAGGACCACAGGCCCAGGACCACAAGCCCAGGACCACAAGCCCAGGACCACAAGCCCAGGACCACAAGCCCAGGACCACAGGCCCAGGACCACAGGCCCAGGACCACAAGCCCAGGACCACAGGCCCAGGACCACAAGCCCAGGACCACAAGCCCAGGACCACAUAUCCAGGACCACAAGCCCAGGACCACAGGCCCAGGACCACAAGCCCAGGACCACAGGCCCAGGACCACAGGCCCAGGACCACAAGCCCAGGACCACAGGCCCAGGACCACAAGCCCAGGACCACAAGCCCAGGACCACAAACCCAGGACCACAGGCCCAGGACCACAGACCCAGGACCACAGGGUUAUCGCAGUCUCUGUGGGUGAACUCUCAUAAAUAUUCUUUACGAGCACAGCUUCAAUUCCUGGGCACCGCCCUUUCAGUGGUGGAUCGUUUAAUCCCGCCCUCUCAUUUAUCUCCUGUCGCCUCUACUCUUGAAAUUGUGAAUGGAGUUCACCUUAACUAUUUUUCCCUUUAUUUACUGCAAUUGUUUACCUCUCACGCUGAAGAAGUGAGUCCUCAGCCCUCUCACGCUGAAGAAGUGAGUCCUCAGCCCUCUCACGCUGAAGAAGUGAGUCCUCAGCCCUCUCACGCUGAAGAAGUGAGUCCUCAGCCCUCUCACGCUGAAGAAGUGAGUCCUCAGCCCUCUCACGCGGAAGAAGUGAGUCCUCAGCCCUCUCACGCGGAAGAAGUGAGUCCUCAGCCCUCUCACGCUGAAGAAGUGAGUCCUCAGCCCUCUCACGCUGAAGAAGUGAGUCCUCAGCCCUCUCACGCUGAAGAAGUGAGUCCUCAGCCCUCUCACGCUGAAGAAGUGAGUCCUCAGCCCUCUCACGCUGAAGAAGUGAGUCCUCAGCCCUCUCACGCUGAAGAAGUGAGUCCUCAGCCCUCUCACGCUGAAGAAGUGAGUCCUCAGCCCUCUCACGCUGAAGAAGUGAGUCCUCAGCCCUCUCACGCUGAAGAAGUGAGUCCUCUGAGUCCUCAGCCCUCUCACGCUGAAGAAGUGAGUCCUCAGCCCUCUCACGCUGAAGAAGUGAGUCCUCAGCCCUCUCACGCUGAAGAAGUGAGUCCUCAGCCCUCUCACGCUGAAGAAGUGAGUCCUCAGCCCUCUCACGCUGAAGAAGUGAGUCCUCAGCCCUCUCACGCUGAAGAAGUGAGUCCUCACCACUCUCACGCUGAAGAAGUGAGUCCUCAGCCCUCUCACGCUGAAGAAGUGAGUCCUCAGCACUCUCACGCUGAAGAAGUGAGUCCUCAGCCCUCUCACGCUGAAGAAGUGAGUCCUCACCACUCUCACGCUGAAGAAGUGAGUCCUCAGCCCUCUCACGCUGAAGAAGUGAGUCCUCAGCACUCUCACGCUGAAGAAGUGAGUCCUCAGCACUCUCACGCUGAAGAAGUGAGUCCUCAGCACUCUCACGCUGAAGAAGUGAGUCUUCACACCCAACCGGACCUCCAGGUUACAACCUUCUCUCGUUGCGACAAAACACGGCCCCUGUAUUUACAGUUCCUCACUCUGCGUAAUAACAUACAUUAA